AUGGAUGGAGUAUGGGGAAGUAUUAAAAGGAAAUUGAAGGACAUGUAUGACAGGAUAUUUGUUGUUCGAAUGAGAGUUGCAGUGAUUGGGCCAGAGAAAAGCGGAAAAUCUUCAAUUGUGAUGAAGAUGUUUGGAGACGGAUUGAGAUAUCAAGGAAAGCAGAAUGAUGCAGAGGUGUAUAAGUACGACGAAGAUUACAUGAGCUACGUAGUAUAUGAUUUGAAAGGAAAAAAAAACACCCGAAGGAAAUGGGACUAUUUUCAUGGGAUGUGCGAUGUAAUAUUGUAUUGUGUGGAUUCUUCUGGGGAUGAAGAGGAGUGGGGAGAAGCAAGAGAAAAGCUGAAGUCAAUGGUGUAUCGAAACUUACGAUCAAAAAAAAACAUCUUGGUUCUUGGGACAAAGAAUGAGAGGGGAAAUGCAUUGGAAUGCAUAGAGAUUGUUCUGAAGCUUGAUCUUUUAGACAUAGAAGGGAGAGAAGUUGCCUGUUUUUCGGUUUCUGCAGAAAAGAAUGUUAAUGUGGAAUGCAUAAAGACGUGGCUGAGAGGGCAGAGUUCUUUUGUGAGAUCCAGAUGGGGAUCAAGAGUUGUGAGAAGCUGGUGGAAAGCGGGUUUUGUAGAAAAUUAG